AUGUAUUCUUUACUGAUCAGUGCUUUUCAAAUAUAUCCACAAAAUAGUUCACUUUUUUGGUGUAAAUUUCUCACUUAUACCUCGAGUAUAUUGGCACUCAUGUCACCUUACUUUAUUGUUCUCGCAUCAUUCGAUCGAUUUUGUGCGAGUUCAAUAAAUCCUCAACUACGAAAUUGGAGUAAUCCAAUUGUUGCUCGAUGGGCAAUUUUGUUCAUGAUUAUAUUAUGGGCACUAUUUCAUGUCAAUACUCUUGUAUUGUGUGAUUUACGCUUUGAUGAUUAUCGUGGAUGUAGCAUUCGAACAAUAUUUGUCUACAAUCAAAUAUAUGUCAUUCUACAAGUUAUUCUCUUCAAUGUUGUUGCACCAUGUCUCAUGACAUUGUUCGGAGUGUUAACGAUCUUUAAUACAAAAGAAAUGCGAUUUAUUCCGACAGUCAAAGCAUCAUAUCGUCGUACGGAAGGUCAACUUAUUCGCAUGCUCCUUGUUCAAGUGGUUACUUACGUUGUUCUUAACAUGCCUCUAUGUGUUAUGUAUCUCAUUAUAGUGUUGCCGACAGGAUACCAACCUUCAUCCAGCUUUUUCUUUGGCUUUGCCAUCGCUAAUUUUGCCUUCACUUUUUCUUAUGUAACACCCAUUUUUCUCUUCAUUCUAUCGGCUCGCAUUUAUAGAGAAGUAUUCCUUCAACUUGCAUAUAAAAUCUUACGUAUCAAUGGUGGUAUUCGAGUCAAUCCAAUAUCAAUGACAAACCGUUUUCGUCCGACAGCAAUAUAUCCUAAUACGAUAACAUUAGCACAGAAAUGA